AUGUACCUCUUUGUCCCCAGCUCGGAGGAUAUAGAUGCUUUGUCCUCGGGGCUUCCCCUCCUCUUCUCCAUGGAGUUUUGGAAGUGGGCAACGACAGAAUACAGCAGCAGCGGGCCUCGGAUCCCCGGGCUCGUCGUCGACGAAUCGUGGGAGGACGCUGCAGGCCGGUCGGGAGGCUGCGUGUGGCCGCCGAGAUCUUACUUCUGCAGCUUCUGCAGACGAGAGUUCCGGUCGGCGCAGGCACUCGGCGGGCACAUGAACGUGCACCGAAGAGAUCGAGCCAGGCUCAAACAGUGUUCGAGCCUCAGCGGGGAAACCACGGACGACCAUCGACGUCCAGAUCCUCGUAGCCCCCCACUCGUCCUCCACCCUGCCGCUAACCCUAACCCUAAUUCCGGUGUCGUACCACCGAAACCUGCUCCUCCUUUCUCUUCCAGCAUCACUCGAGACUACCUCACCGGGUCGCACCUCUCCACGAUCAGAUCUCCGGAAGACUCCACGGCACCUCUCCAUCUCCUCGUCGUCUCGGAGUCCGGCGUUCUGGGAUCAUGGACAGAUCCAGAAAUCUCCGACGAGGAGACCAACUGCAACAAGAGGAGGAGAAUCGAGCCCACGCCCGAAGGCUUCUUCCUUGCAGCCUUUUCUGGUGAUCGACGAUACGAGGCACUCGAUGAUAACCCCGUCCAGGAGUUGGAUCUCGAGCUUAGGCUCGGAGAUGCUCCUAAGAUCAAGUAG